AUGUUGUAUCCGAAUGUUGUAUCCAAUGAAAUGGUUGCGAAGUUGGGACUGAAAACCGAGCCAAUUGACACCCCUUACAGGUUGGCAUGGCUGAAUUCUGAGCAUGAAAUCAAGGUCACUAAGAAGUGUCUAGUUCCUUUUGCAAUUGGGCAAAACAUAGAUGAGGUGAGCUGCCAUGUUAUCCCAAUGAUAGCUUGGCACUUGCUCCUUGGGAGGCCUUUCUUGUAUGAUGAGGAUGUGCAACACCAAGGGAAAGCCAAUACUUACACCUUUUUCCAUGAGGGUAAUACCAUCUUGCUCACACUAUUACUGCUCAGGAAGCGAAAGAAGAAGAGAGAAGUUGGGGUGGUUGGAUUUUUAUCCAAUGAUGAGAAGAGUGAGAUCAUGGAAGGGCUGCCUACCUAUGUUCCAAUUGAUGUGGAGGGCAAGCCCAAACAGAAUCAUGUGAUUCCAAAUGAGGUACAAUUUCUUAUUAGUGAGUUUGAGAGAGUUUUCCCAAACACUUUACCUAUUGGUUUGCCCCCUCUAAGAAUAAUACAAUAUGAGAUCAGUUUUGUUCCGGAAGCUCAAAUUCCUCUUAAACACUCCUAUAGAAUGAGUCUUAAAGAGAGUGAUGAAUUGCAAAAGCAAGUUGAUGAAUUGUUAAAGAGAGGCUUUAUAAGGGAAAGUGUUUCUCCUUGUGUUGUGCCAGCCUUUAUUGUUCUUAAAAAGAAUGGCUAG